AUGAAGAUGUCCUGGCGACCGCAGUACCGCAGUUCCAAGUUCCGGAACGUGUACGGGAAGGUGGCCAACCGGGAGCACUGCUUUGACGGGAUCCCCAUCACCAAGAAUGUACACGACAAUCACUUCUGUGCAGUCAAUGCCCGCUUCCUGGCCAUAGUCACUGAGAGUGCAGGAGGUGGCUCCUUCCUUGUCAUCCCCCUGGAGCAGACAGGCAGAAUCGAGCCAAACUACCCCAAGGUAUGCGGCCAUCAAGGCAAUGUCCUGGACAUCAAAUGGAAUCCCUUCAUUGACAACAUCAUCGCCUCAUGCUCCGAGGACACUUCGGUGCGGAUCUGGGAGAUUCCUGAGGGUGGGCUGAAGCGGAACAUGACUGAGGCUCUCCUGGAGCUCCACGGACACAGCCGUCGUGUGGGGCUGGUUGAGUGGCACCCCACGACCAACAACAUUCUGUUCAGUGCUGGAUAUGACUACAAGGUCCUCAUCUGGAACCUGGACAUAGGUGAGCCAGUGAAAAUGAUUGACUGCCACACAGACGUGAUCCUCUGCAUGUCCUUCAAUACGGAUGGCAGCCUGCUCACCACCACAUGCAAGGACAAGAAGCUUCGUGUAAUUGAACCCCGCUCCGGUCGUGUUCUGCAGGAGGCAAACUGCAAAAACCACAGAGUGAAUCGGGUAGUGUUCCUGGGCAACAUGAAGCGGCUCCUCACGACAGGGGUCUCCAGGUGGAACACGAGACAAAUCGCCCUCUGGGACCAGGAGGAUCUGUCCAUGCCAAUGAUCGAGGAAGAAAUUGAUGGACUCUCAGGACUCCUGUUCCCGUUCUAUGAUGCUGACACCCACAUGCUCUACCUGGCUGGAAAGGGGGAUGGAAACAUCAGGUACUAUGAGAUCAGCACGGAGAAGCCCUACCUGAGCUACCUCAUGGAGUUCCGCUCCCCAGCCCCACAGAAAGGCCUAGGCGUCAUGCCCAAGCAUGGGUUGGAUGUGUCUGCCUGUGAAGUGUUCCGCUUCUACAAGCUGGUGACACUCAAGGGCCUCAUUGAACCCAUCUCCAUGAUUGUGCCCCGGAGGUCAGAUUCCUACCAGGAAGACAUUUAUCCCAUGACACCAGGCACGGAGCCAGCUCUGACCCCGGAUGAAUGGCUGGGAGGCAUCAACCGAGAUCCUGUGCUGAUGUCUUUGAAGGAAGGCUAUAAGAAGUCUUCAAAAGUGGUGUUUAAAGCCCCCAUCCGAGAAAAGAAGAGUGUUGUUGUGAACGGCAUAGAUUUAUUAGAAAAUGUCCCACCCAGGACAGAGAAUGAGCUCCUCAGGAUGUUCUUCAGGCAGCAGGAUGAGAUCCGGAGGUUGAAGGAGGAGCUGGCACAGAAGGACAUACGGCUCCGUCAGCUCCAGCUGGAACUGAAAAACCUGCACAACAACCCCAAGAACUGUUAG